AUGGCCGCGGCCACCUCUAACCCCUACCUCCCCGGCAACGGCAUCCUGGCGGCCGGCUCCAUCGUCCACGCCGACUCGGGCGGCGGCGGCGGCGGCGGCGGCGGCGGCGGCGGCGGCGGCAUGCAGCCGGGCAGCGUGGCCGUCACCUCGGUGGCGGGCGGCUACCGCGGCGACCCGGCGGCCAAGAUGGUCCAGAGCGACUUCAUGCCGGGCGCCAUGGCCGCCAGCAACGGCGGCCAUAUGCUGAGCCAUGCCCACCAGUGGGUGACGGCCCUGCCCCACGCCGCCGCCGCCGCCGCCGCCGCCGCCGCCGCCGCCGCCGAAGCGGGCUCGCCCUGGUCCGGCAGCCCCGUGGGCAUGACGGGCAGCCCCCAGCAGCCGCCGCCGCCGCCCGACGUCAAGGGCGGCGGCGGGCGCGACGACCUGCACUCGGGCGCGGCGCUGCACCACCGGCCGCCCCACCUGGGCCCCCCGCACCAGGGGCACCCGGCGGCCUGGGGGGCGGCGGCGGCGGCGGCCGCCCACCUGCCCGCCAUGGCCGGCGGGCAGCAGCAGCAGCAGCAGUCGCUCCUCUACUCGCAGCCCGGGGGCUUCACGGUGAACGGCAUGCUGAGCCCCCCCCCCGGCGGGCAGAGCCUGGUGCACCCGGGGCUGGUGCGCGGCGAGACGCCGGAGCUGGGCGAGCACCCCGGGCACCACCACCACCACCACCACCACCACCAGCACCCCGGGCACCACCCGCCGCACCACGGCGGCGUCAACAGCCACGACCCGCACUCGGACGAGGACACGCCGACCUCCGACGACCUGGAGCAGUUCGCCAAGCAGUUCAAGCAGCGGCGGAUUAAGCUGGGCUUCACCCAGGCCGACGUGGGGCUGGCGCUGGGCACCCUCUACGGCAACGUCUUCUCGCAGACCACCAUCUGCCGCUUCGAGGCCCUGCAGCUCAGCUUCAAGAACAUGUGCAAGCUGAAGCCUUUGUUGAACAAGUGGCUGGAGGAAGCCGACUCCUCCACCGGCAGCCCCACCAGCAUCGACAAGAUCGCGGCGCAGGGCAGGAAGAGGAAGAAGCGGACCUCCAUCGAGGUGAGUGUCAAGGGGGCCUUGGAGAGCCACUUUCUGAAAUGCCCCAAGCCCUCCGCCCAGGAGAUUACGAACCUAGCGGACAGCCUGCAGCUGGAGAAGGAGGUGGUCAGGGUUUGGUUUUGCAAUCGGAGGCAGAAAGAGAAACGGAUGACCCCCCCGGGGAUCCAGCAGCAGACCCCCGACGAUGUCUACUCCCAGGUCGGCACCGUCAACUCCGACACGCCGCCCCCUCACCACGGACUGCAGACCAGCGUGCAGUGAGGGGCACCGCGGGCGGGCCGGGGCGGAGUGGAGGGGGGGGGGGGG